AUGAAUUUUUGCCUUAAAAAUUACUUUAGUAGUAUCAAACAUUGUCGAAAAAAGCUAUAUGAAUUUUGUGAUGAAAAAGAGUAUAUAUAUAAAUUAACACAUGAAUAUAUUUACAAGCAUAUUGAAUUAAUAAAAUAUAAUAAAGAUAUAUUAAAUGAAAAAGAAAAUGAAUCUUAUAUAUAUAUAAAAAAUAAUAUUAAUGUAAAUAAAUAUGUUGGGAAAAUAAUAAAUCAUUUGAAAGUUAAUAAAGGAAAUUCGGGUCUUAUAUAUUUCUUACCAACCGUUGUCGAUAUUUAUUUCUUUAAUUAUUUCCAAUUAAAUUAUAAAUAUAAAUUACUUUUUGUUUAUAACAUUCUGAAUAUUAAUAAUGUAAAAUGUUUUGUUUCUACUCAUCAAAGUAUAGAAAAAAAAAAAACACAUUUCUUAAAUAAUUUUUGUAAAAUAUUAUUAUAUAAUGAUAUUUAUUCCUAUAUUAAUCAAGUCCACAUAAUUUAUAUAAAAAAGAAAAAAGAACAAGAGCAAAAAGAAAAAGGAAAAGGAAAAGGAAACAAAAGAGAACUACAAAAAGAAAAAGACAAGUCAUAUAAUUUGUUAUAUCAAAAUGAAGCUAAAAAUAGAGAUUGUCAAAAUAAUAAUAUAAUUCCGUUUUAUAAAAAAAAUAUAUUAGAUCAUUUAUUAUCUCAUGUACAAAAUGCUAAGGAUUUAUGUAUUUUCCUUUUUAUAGUAAGGAAUAUAAAUGCUAUUCAUUCAUUUUGUUACGGAAAAUUAUUAGACAAGGUAUUGAAAAAUUUAUAUUUAUUUAUUAUAAAUGGAAAUGUAUUAAUUAAUACACAUAUAAAUAAUAAUAAUAAUAAUAAAAAUAAUCAUUAUAAGGAUACACAUAAAAAUGGAUACUAUAAUAAUUAUAAUAAUAUACAUAACAAUUACAAUGCUAAUAAUAAUUUAUUAUAUAAUAUAAAUUCUUUAAAAAUGAGAGAUAUUAUAUACAUCUUUUAUCAACUGAUUUAUUUGAAAAAUAACAAUAAAUACAUAUUUAUUCUUAUUAAAAUUUUAAACAUAAUAAAUAAAAAAUUUUUUUAUAUAAAUAAAAAAAUAUAUAACGUUAUAUACACAAAAUAUAUAUUAGAUAUUUUACAUAUUUUAUAUUUAUCAAAUACAGAUAUAGAACAAUUACUUUUUCUAGUUAAUAAAAAUAUUUAUAUUCAACAAUUUUUUAUUCCCUUAAUUUUAACACACUUUUAUUUAAAAUCAUAUUCUAAUCAUAAUAAUUUUCCAUCCCUUAUUUAUUUUAAUAAAUUAUUUAAAAAAAAUUAUCCAUAUAAAAAUAAUAUAUUAUUACCAGUUGAUAUAGUACCUGUUCAAUGUAUAAUAUCAUAUUUACAAAAUUUUAAAAAAGUAGAAACGCAAAAUUAUUUUAAUACGUUUUAUCAAAUGUUGUGUAUUAAGUUUUUAUUAAAAAGAGGAAAAACAAAAAAAAGAAAGAAAAAAAAACAUGAUGAUUAUAAUGAUCAUAAUGAUCAAAAUAUAAAAUAUUUGUUUAAUUAUACAAAUGGUUUUUAUCACCCACUUAAUAUUAACUAUUUUAUAUUCUACAAAUAUAUUAUAAACAAAUUAAUAAAUCAUUCUUUUAAUUUAUAUGUAUCAAAAGUAGAGGAAAAAAAUAAAUGUCUAAAAGAAAGUAUACAUUAUCUCUUUGUAAAAUAUCAAGAUAAUUACAUUUAUGAGUUUACCAAAUCAAAAUAUUUUUAUUAUAUAUAUCUUAAAGAGGUCAUAAAAAGAAAAAAAAAAAAAAAAAAAAAAAUGGACUCCAAGAGAAAAUAUGUUAAAAUGUUAAUAUGUUAA